AUGUCCCAAUUUCGAAGAGCGUCAAGUAAAGGUCCGUUAAUUGUACUUACUCCCGAGGAAAAACGGGUAUAUGGUCAACUGUUCCAACUUGCUGAUGUUGAUAAAAAGGGUGUGAUCGAAGGGCAACAUGCCGUUAAAUUCUUUUCAACUUCUGGUUUAUCGCCUUCAAUUUUGCGUGAAAUUGCAGAUAGUGAAAACUUGGGCUAUUUAACACAGCAAAGUUUUAGUGUUUCCGUAAAGUUAAUCGCUCAGCGAGGAAAAUUGGAUAUGGCGGAAUUUAUUAUAGCAAUGUAUUUUGUGCAAAAUGCUAUGAACGGUUCAAUUAAAAGCCUUCCAUCUGUACUCCCAGAUGGAUUCUAUGACAUGGCUUCAGGAACAACAUCGAAUGCGCCAACCUUUCCCACUUCGCCACAACCUCCUUCUAGGCAAAUUGCCGGUGUUGUUGAUGCACCAAUAUCGCCUAUUACUCAAGACUAUUCGUGGGACGUGACUCCUGAAGAUAAAGCAACUUACGAUAAAUAUUUCAAUUCCCUCGACGGAAUUAGCAAUAAAGGAUAUCUCACAGAUAUCAGAAAAUCUGGUUCUCUUAAUCGUGAUGAAUUUGCUGUUGCCAUGCACCUAAUAGUUAAAAAGAUGAAUGGUGCAAUUCUACCUGCCACUUUACCACCAAGCCUUAUUCCACCGUCAAUGCGAUCUAUACCUGGUAGGUCAGGAACCAUAAAAAACACUCCCUUAAUUGGAAGUCCCCCAAUGGGAAAACGUGCAUCAUUAUUGAUGUUCGAGCAAGGUCUUAGUGUUUCAUCACCAUCGCCUUUUUUUAAUUCUAAUCCUAUUACUCAGAAUACCGAUAUAAACACCAAAGUGGCAAUUGAAAAUGGUGAAAUUAGGGCACUUAAAACGCAAACAGAUAAUUUAACUGAUGCUGUUUCAGAAUUUAAAUUAAGUCGAGCUAAUAUCGACACAGAUUUGGCCAAUCUUGCCAUUCAAAAAAAUGAAAUAUCAACGCGACUUUCUCAGGUUCGUACUCUAUAUGAUUCUGAACAUAGGUCUUUACAAGAAGUUCAAGCAAAUUAUAAAAUUGAGUACGAAAGCCUUGAGCGUGCAAGGGAAGAACUCGCUCAAGCUGAAAGAGCGUUAGAAAGUUUACAAUUAGAAAGAGAUCAAUUCCAAGCUAGUAUCCAAAAAGAUCGUGAUGAAAUGCAGGAUAUUAAAAGAAGAAUGAGACUCGCUGAAGAAAAAAAUGUGUCCAUAAAGGCUGAAAUUGAAAGACUCAAAACAGAAAGUAGAAAACAAAAAGGAUUACUCGAUAUCAAUAGGAUGCAAUUGACAUCUGCAGAGAAAGAAAAGGAUAAAGCCUUAAAGACCUUACAAGAUCUUGAAGGUAGAGAUAUAUCAGAUGAUGAUCCAUUUGGUACUGGCGCAUUUAUACCCCCAGCAGUAAAUUUAUCUGACAGUUUCUCGUCACAAGGGAAUACAAAUUCGCAACCUGGCCUGGAAUUUAUUGAGAAUUCUAGUCCGUCAAGAACCAUCAUCCAUAAUCAACAUUCUUCAAUAUCAUCUCUUGAAGGUGGUGUUAAAAGGACAAUGUCAAAUUCUUCACUUGCUUCUAAUUCCACUAUAGGUACAUCUAGUGUCAGAUCGUCAUCAUUUAAUACUUCAAAAUUGGAAGAAACUAUGUUCGACAAAUCCAAUUCUGCACCCAAUUCUAAGCCAAUUGAUGUAAAUAGUAUAUUUGGUGAAAAUACAGUGAGCACCACUUCUCAAGACAGUGAGACUGCAGUUAGUGGAUCUCGUAGUGUAAAUUCUGUUGAUACUUCACUUAACACACCUUUUACAGGAUUUAAUAAAGACAUGACAAAAUCUGAUAACGUCCCACAGCAAAUGGUUGAAAAGGGUGAAGAAAAGUCGGACACAGAUCCUUUUGCAUCAUUUAGCAAUUUCAAAAGAUCAUCGAUUGGAAAAACAGAUUAUACUUCGACUUUCACAACGACAUCGAGUUCGAAUGAUAUAACAUCAGAAUCGUUUGCAACAGAGUUCCCUAGUAUAGAAGAAAUUGAAGCAUCUGUGGAAAGCGGAUCUAAAAUAGGAUUUAAUAAUGACUUUUCUAGUAUUCCUACUAAUACAGAAAAUAAGGAUGAUACUACUUUAAAUUUGGAUGUUUCGCAUGGUAACCCUAUCUCGAGUGAGCCAGAAUCCAUUUUACCAGGAAAUUCAUCAACUGACAAGGAAAUACCUAUGGAAGAAACCAAGGAUAAUAUAAACGCAUAUGAUAAAGAGGCAGAGUCGUCUUUUGCACCACCUAUCGCGGGAGAGAUGUCGGAAUCUUUGGGGGGAGGAAUGACGUCUCUGAAAGAUACCGAAUCAUGGAUUUCUGUAGAGAAGUCGUCUGAAACAAAAUCUACAACACAAAUAGAUGAUUUUGAUACAGUAUUUGCAGAUUUAACAGAUGCCAAAGUAACAAAAACGCCACCUAUUAACUUUGAUGCAGAUUUUGAUGACACAGACUUUAAAGAAGAAUUUAAUCCCACAUUUGAUGCACCUGUUACGCAUUCUAAAGCUACGUCCAAUACAAAUAGUAUCGGAAGUAACGUGGGUGUAACAUCAUCAAUUAGUUCAACAAAAAAUAGUUCAACAGAUUUUGACAAAUUUGGUAAAGCUUUUGGAGGGUUUGACCCCUUUUCAUCAAGCACAACUUCCAACGCUACUAAACCCAAUCUGGUAGAAGCAGCAUUUGGUGGAAUUUCGGGAGAGCCACAAAAAUCAACGAAUCCAUCUGUUGGUUUUGAUGAUGCAUUCGAGGAAUUCUUUAAACCAUCGUCUACACCAUCUACCAAAACAGAACCACCAUUGGAUCCGAAGUCCAUAACAACUAAUGAAUUAAAAACAUUAAUUUCAUCAGAAUCGUCACAACCAAAGCAAGUCAAACAAUUAAGAGCUAUGGGAUUUUCGAGGGAAAGAUCUAUAGACGCACUUGGGAGAUACGAUUACGACAUAGAAAAAGCAACCAAUUUUUUG